GAUCGCGGCAUUACUUUCGGCUGCACUCGCAGUAAUCGCAGCGACGGUGACGUCGGACUACGACUUCAGACAUUGACAGUAACUUGGCGAAAAGUUCUACUAUGGAGUCUUUAGAACAAAUGCCAAAAUCUGAUACUAUAAGACUUCGCGAUCGUCACAUCGGACAGUCGUGUAAGUUGUUUUAUAAAUCGAAUCCAUUAAAAAUUGUGAGAGCCGAAGGGCAAUAUAUGUACGAUGAGAAGGGCAAUCGAUACUUGGACUGCAUAAAUAAUGUCGCACAUGUUGGCCAUUGUCAUCCGGAUGUGGUGCGAGCCGGGCAGGAACAGAUGACCUUAUUGUGCACGAACAAUCGUUUCCUUCACGACAACCUGGUGAUAUGCGCGAGUCGACUGGCGUCGCUCUUGCCGGAACCGCUGUCCGUCUGCUUCCUGGUGAACUCCGGGAGCGAGGCUAACGAUCUCGCUCUCCGCCUCGCUCGAACGCACACAAAGUGUAAGGAUGUCAUCGCGUUGGAUCACGCUUAUCAUGGACAUCUCACUACGAUAAUCGACAUCUCGCCAUACAAAUUCAACAAGCCUAACGGCACCGGCAAAAAGGAUUGGGUACACGUGGCUCCCUGUCCGGAUGUGUACCGUGGCAAAUAUCGCGCCAUCGAUUACGUGGACGAAGAUCUCGGUUUUAAAUACGCCGAGGAUGUAAAACAAAUCUGCGAGGACAUCAAAGCCAAAGGACGCGGAGUUUGCGCUUUUAUCGCGGAAAGUCUUAUAUCGGUCGGUGGUCAGAUUUUACCGCCACAGAAUUACUUCCGAAACGUAUAUAAGCAUGUACGUGAAGCGGGAGGUGUCUGUAUCGCGGAUGAGGUCCAGGUCGGUUUCGGGAGAGUCGGCACUCACAUGUGGGCUUUUCAAUUAUACGGUGAGGAUGUUGUUCCAGAUAUAGUCACGUUGGGCAAGCCCAUGGGUAACGGUCAUCCCGUUGCGGCUGUCAUCACUACGCCUGAAAUCGCGCGCAGCUUUCGCGAUACUGGAAUUGAAUACUUCAACACGUACGGUGGCAAUCCCGUAUCCUGCGCGAUGGCGAACGCGGUGAUGGAAGUCAUAGAACGCGAGAAUCUUCAGGAGAACGCCUUGCAAGUAGGCAAUCAUCUGAUCGCGGAAUUGGAGAAAUUGGCGAAACGACGAAAGAUUAUCGGCGAUGUGCGCGGUGCUGGAUUAUUCGUGGGCAUUGAGUUAGUUCGCGACAGAAUGAAGAGGAUACCGGCGACGGCGGAGGCAAAGCAUGUUGUAUCGAGGAUGAAGGAGAACAAGGUCCUCAUCAGUAGCGACGGACCUGAUAACAAUGUUCUAAAAUUAAAACCGCCAAUGGUUUUCUCUAUCGAGAAUGUCAACCAUUUCGUAUCCGUUCUCGAUGAAGUACUUGAAGAAGUCAAUAUCGAUUUCGACGAGGAGCCGAAAACUACUACAACUAUUAUCAAAGCAACGAUCUCCUCCAUAGAAGUCGAUACAAGCACCGCAGUGAACAGCGGAAAUUCACUACUUGUUCGUGCUAGUUAAUAAUAUAUCUGCAAAUAUUGCAAAUUCUAAAUUUUUACUAAUUUUAUAUGUAUUAAAGUAUUAUUAUUUUUAAGGUAAUUAAGAUAAUUAUUAUCGUUUAUCACGCAUGCAUAUAGUACAUACAUAUGCAGCUUCAUUAAAA